AACCCUUCCUGAAGUCCACAAUCAGCUCUUUUGUCUUACUGAUGUUGAACGCCAGGUUGUUGUUGUGACACCACUCCACUAGCUGGCAUAUCUCAUUCUGGUACGCCCUCUCGUCACCACCUGAGAUUCUACCAACAAUGGUGGUAUUGUCAGCAAAUUUAUAGAUGGUAUUUGAUCUACGCCUAGCCACACAAUCAUGUGUGGGCUAAGCACACAGCCCUAAGGUGCACCAGUGUUGAUGGCCAGCAAAAAGGAUGUUAGUAUUCCUUUUGCAAUGAACUUUGGCCAGCUCCUCCCUCAUGGUUCUGUAAUUCCUUUAAAUACACUGUAAUACUGAUAUAUCUGAUCUUAGCUUCUAUAAAGGGUGAAUGCUUAACCAAAAGAUGACGUGGUUUUAAUUUCAUACUGCUUCAUUACUUUUCCAGGCUCUCUGCAUCACUGAGUUUUCCCUAUUUGUGAAAAGUUUUUACUGAUUUGCAAAUUGUCUCCUGUUCAUUCCUCAACAUGGCGUAUUGCAUUCCUUGCUUGCUGGAAAGGGUAAAGUCACAACUGUGUUUGCGGGAAUGACAACUAAGAUUUCCACGUGAGGCAAGGGCACCAUGGCUUCCAAAGCAGCAAUGGUGGAUACGGAUAACAUGAAGUAUUUUAGUGAGAAACUCAAUACUAUCAUUGAAGAUUUCAAAGAAAAUACGGUAUGGCUGAAAGAAAUCUUAGAAGAGGCAGAGAGGAUGUUUAUCAGUGAUUUUAAAGCAGAGCCUGAAUUGAUGCCAAAGACUCCUUCAGAGAGAAAACGACGCAGGAGACGUCCAUCUGUGGCUGGUGAUCACAAUAAAAGGUUUUCUAAAAGCAGAAAAAAUUUAAGGCGCUCUUCAGUUCAGAGGAAGAAGCUGGGAACUAGACUCUUUACAGAAGAUGAUGGCAGCAACAAAAUGGUGGAGCAGACACAAUCACUGCGUUUGACCCGCUCAGCAACACGCGCAGCGAUGAUAGCAAAACCAGAAAGUGACAAAAACAACCUAUCAGCUAUUGUUCCAGUGAAUGGUGUGAUGCCUUUCGUUGUGUUGUCACCAAAUGACUGUAAGGUCAUGGAAUUGCAGGGGAAAAGUCACGUGACAAACUUAUCUCGAAUUUCAUACGCCUCUGAAGAUGUCAAGUUGUCUCAAAAGGCACGUGAGGGAAAAUUGGAUCCUUCACAUGAAGUGGCUUUGGAAAUAUUGUCUCCUGUUGUCAGGAGCCCAAGUCGUACUGCAACAAAGGUGAAAAUAGCAGAGCCUGUUACUGAUGAAGAAAAUGAAAUAAAGAAUGUAUCUCCUUUAACUGUUGAGGAGUUGAAUAAUGUUACGGAAGUAUCACCUACUGGUUUGCGUAGAUCAGUACGAAGAAGUGUUACCAGUCGCCAGUUGAAGUGCAUGAGUUUGGUGAAAACUCAACGGACUGUGAUGCUACGAAGAUCUAUGAGAAAAUCAUCGCGUAAAUUUAACAGGAAGGAUGUGCUUCAAAAUUCUUCUAGUUGUCAAGACAACAAUGACAAUUUUGAAGGAGUUGAUGAGAGAGAAUGCAGUGAAAUCAAGGAGGUUUCUACAGAGGAUUCUUCAAAAAUUGUUGAAGUGAUUCCUAGCAUCCCACCUGAACUUCAGCAGCCAAAAGUGGUGAAACAACCAGAUACACUGAUUACUGAAAAUCAAGAACGCAGAUACACACGGAAUGCUACAAAACUUGCCGUUAGCAAACCAGAGAAUGAAGUGGAACCUGCUAAGUCACAAUCUUCAAGAAGUUCACCAAGAAUUCAGAAGAAAGACAGCAGUGAUUCUGAUAAAUCGAGCUCUUCUGAUUGCCAAAGUGCUGGGCGGAAGCGAAGUUACAAGUAUGCAGUGGCAAAUUCAGAUGAUUAUUCUGAGGAAUUGGAAAAAGAGAAUUCUCCGCCAAGAAAGAAGACUCCUUCACCACCACCCUUCACUAAUAAGGUGGUUCAACCAAAGCACAAGAGUUUCCUCCAUACUGUCCAGAAGAAUCAAUUGCUGAUGACUCCUGUUUCAGUUAGCCGCACGGUAGUAAAGUCCUUCAUAAAACGUAAUACUCCACUGAAAGUUGAUCCCAAGGAUCAGGAAAGGGUCCGUCUAGAAAAUCUUAAGAAGAAACGGGAACAGGAAGAAGAAAGAAUACAAAAAGUGGAGGAACAGAAGAAGCGUAAAGUAGAAGAGUAUAAAAAGAAACGAGAAAUGCAAGUAAAACGUUUUUUGGAAACCCGAUCCAGAGUUCAACAGCAAGAGGAGGAGAAGAUAAAGAAAAUUGAGCAGAAGUUUGCUCAGAUUGAUGAGAAGAAUGCAAAGGUACGUGAAGAAAGAUUUGCUGAAAAAGGGAAAAAGAAAUUAGUUACCAAGAGGAUGGAGGAAGCAGAAGCUCGAAGGCGGCAAGAGGAAGAAGCUCGAAAACAGAAAUCGCAACAGUUGGAGGAAGAACGGCAAAUGAUGUUGCAGCAGAAGAAACAGGAGGAACUGGAACAUCAACGUAAAAUGCUAGAAGCCAGAAAGCUUCAAGAACAACGGCAAGCUGAGCUAGAGAGAGAGCGGCAGCGUGAACACCAACUGGCUGCAGAGAGGGAGAGGGAAAGGAUUAAAGAACAGGAAAGAAUCCAAGCAGAAAAAGAACGUGCAUAUUUGGAGAAAAAGAGAGCCCUUCAGCUCCAGCGAGAACUGGAGCGAGCAGCACUCCAGGCUGAACGAGAAAAGGCUGAAAGAGAAAAGGCAAAGCAGGAGGAAAAACAAUUGGCAGACCUGGAAAGACAGCGUUUGGAAAAAGAGAAGAUUAGAAAGGAACAAGAAAUAAAACAACAAGAAAAUGAAAAGAGAAAUCGUGAAAAUGAGGAAAGAAAAUGGAAGGAAGAACAAGACAAGAAAGCUGAGAAGGAAGUUGCAAGCAAAAAUAUACUGAAUGUGACUGUGGAGGUUCAUCACACCCCACCUCCAGAGUCCUAUGCAAUGACUCCCAAUACUAAAGUCAAGGUACCCAAAGUAAAUUUGGAGGAUUAUGGAAUGGACUUGAAUAGUGACGACUCUACUGAUGAUGAGGGAGCACCACGUAAACCGAUCCCUGUUUGGGCUAGUGGUAAAGAACUACAGAAAGCCCUCAUGCAGCAGUAUUAUCAUCCCAUUGACCUGGACAAAUUUUUCGGUGUCAUUCAACCACCCAAUCUUGAAACCAUCUUCAGUAAAAGCAAACCACGUUAUCUGAAACGCACUAGUUCUGCAGUGUGGCAUUCACCACCGCUAUUGAACAGGGUUAAUGUACCCUAUUGCUUUAAGAAAUACUGAAUUUUAUAUUUUACAGUAACAAUCCAAGUUUUGUAAAAUAUGAAACUGUCUCUUCAAUCCUCUGACUACUAUUAUAUCAUGAUUUUACUAUCUUCUCUGCUUUUGUUUGUAUAUGUAUAUAGCUGAUAAAGACUUCCAAUGAAAUAUCAAUCAUCUGUUUCUCAGGAACCUUUUUAUGCAUGGGUCGACUUCGAAAUUUCUGUGUCAAAUGGAAGCUGGGAUUUUGGUGUAAUUGCAAAAUAUUAGGGUCCAUACUGUGCAUCUGACUGCACACCCGCCAGAGCUUCAUAUUUGAAUGAGCUUUGUCUAUCAAAGUUGCUUUAAUCGUAUAGUAACUAAUACUUGGGCUGUGCCAUACAGCUGGAAUAACAAGGCCCAACUUCAAAUCAUGCUCAAUAACAUUGGAGGCAUCACUGCAUGUUGAAAUCUGUUUUGCUUACUUUCAGCUAAGAUUUGGGGAAAAUCUCAAAUUUUCUACGGUAGUUCAUGCUCAUGGAGAUAUGAGAUAUAGUUUCAUUUACAAAAAAAAAUUCACAACCAUUCUCUUCUGCUGCUUAGAAUAUUGUGUACAUAUCUUUACUUGGAUAAGAUGUCUGAAGGUGCCCCUGGAGUCAUGCUGCAGCCAGAUGAUAAUAGUAAAAAAAAGCCUUUUGUGUUUCAGAUGCUACACCUGUGGCGCUGUGCACAAUUCUUUUAUUAUGUUUGUUAUGAUAUUGGAAUGAGAAGCUGAGCUACAUGAUACCUUGACUAUCAUGGCCUGACGAGUGUUUUA